GUGGAGCUGGAGGCGGUGCUGGUGGUGGCUUCGGAGGCGGCAAAGGUGGAGGCGCGGGAGGAGGAUUAGGUGGUGGUGCCGGUGGAGGACUUGGUGGCGGAGGUGGAGCUGGUGGCGGCUUCGGAGGUGGUAAAGGUGGAGGUAUAGGAGGAGGACUCGGAGGUGGAGGUGGAGCUGGAGGUGGAGCUGGUGGUGGAGCUGGUGGUGGAUUUGGAGGCGGCAAAGGUGGAGGAGGAGGAUUCGGUGGUGGUGCCGGUGGAGGUGGAGCUGGAGGUGGCGCUGGUGGUGGUUUUGGAGGCGGAAAAGGUGGAGGAGGAGGAUUCGGUGGUGGUGCCGGUGGAGGUGGUGCUGGAGGUGGUGCUGGUGGCGGUUUUGGAGGCGGCAAAGGUGGAGGUGUGGGAGGAGGACUUGGUGGUGGAGGUGGUGCUGGAGGCGGUGCAGGUGGUGGCUUCGGAGGUGGUAAAGGUGGAGGUGUAGGAGGAGGAUUUGGUGGCGGUGCUGGUGGAGGACUUGGCGGUGGAGCUGGAGGAGGUGCUGGUGGUGGAUUUGGAGGUGGUAAAGGUGGAGGAAUUGGAGGAGGAUUAGGUGGCGGGGCUGGUGGAGGUUCUGGUGGUGGGUUCGGCGGAGGCGGUGGAGCUGGUGGAGGAAUUGGUGGCGGAUUUUGA